AUGGAUACAAAAGAAUCCUUUAAUGAAGUUGUGAACUGUAUAGAUUUUAAUCAAACAGGGACAUGCAUUUCUUUGGGAACCUCUAAGGGCUAUGAUAUCUUCAAUUGUGAUCCAUUUGGGAAAUUUUAUUCUGAGAGUGAACCAGAUAUGGGCGGAUACAGUAUUGUAGAGAUGCUUUUUUCUACAUCAUUAGUUGCAUUAGUAGGAAAUGGAGAUGCACCUCAUUUAUCUCCUAGAAAGUUAAGGUUAGUUAACAUCAAGAAGCAUUCGAUAAUCUGUGAGAUAACAUUUCCGACCUCUAUUCUUUCUGUCAAGAUGAACAAAUCCAGAGUUGUAGUCUUAUUGAGUCUACAAAUAUACAUUUAUGAUAUAAAUAAUAUGACUCUAUUACAUGUCAUUGAUCGUGAACCAAAUCAAACUAACCUUAUUAGUCUCUCUCCAAACCUUGAUAAUAAUAUUCUAGCUUACCCAUCUACAGCUACAGCUAUACAUUCAGAGAUACGACCAAAUGUGACUAACAAUAAUAUUAAUAUGUUACAUAGUAAACUGAGUGACCCCUUAACUGAAGAUGCGGUUCGUAAUAAUGUUGAGACUGCUAUUGAUAAUGAUGAGUACGAAGAUGAAGAUGAAGAUGAUGAUAAUAUUGGGUAUAAACAAAAUCCGAAUAAUGAAAGCAAUGAAUCAUGUAGUCGACGAACUCCUGAAGUCAAUAUCGAGAAUCAUAACAGUAAUAAUAAUGUCGAUAAUUCAGAUCGACCAAUAAAUAAUGGUGAUGUGAUAUUAUUUGAUCUGGAUUUGUUACAACCGACGAUGGUGAUAGAAGCCCAUCAAAAUGGGAUAGCUGCCUUGGCGUUAAGUCCCGAUGGAUUAUUUUUAGCGACAGCCUCAGAGAAGGGUACAAUUAUUCGUAUAUUCAAUGUCACUACUGGUUUUAAACUUUAUCAAUUUAGAAGAGGUACAUAUAGUACUAAAAUAUUUUCGAUGAAUUUCGGCCAAGAUAAUCAAUUUUUGUUGGCAUGUUCAUCAAGUAAGACAGUCCAUAUUUUCAAACUUGGGAAUAUAAUUGGUAGUAGUAAUGCGUUAGAAAUUGAGAACGAUCGAGUCAGUGGAGAUACCACCAUCAUGGAUGAUAAUGAUGAAAGUCCCAAUGGUACUGGUGGUGGAAGUUAUAUUGAUGAUUCUACAACAAGGAAACCAUACGUCGAUGCCUCGAGAAGGACUGUUGCUCGUAUGAUAAGAAAUUCAUCUCAAAAUUUGACUAGGCGUGCAGCAAAGACAUUGGGACAAAUAUUUCCUUAUAAAGUGACGUCGAUCCUUGAACCUUCGCGUCAUUUUGCGAGUCUUAAGAUACCUAUCAAUGAUGACAUAGAUAAACAUGUUCGAAGUUCAGCAUUUAUUGGUGGUACUAUGGAGAUCAGCAUUGCAGAUUAUCCUGAAUUAUUCUCUGUUGAUGACACGAAAUCCACUAUAACAAAGAAUGAAGGUACAGUGGUUGGGAAUAUAGGUAUUCAUGGUAAUCGUGCUUUCCAAAGUAGUUAUAAGAUCAAUUCUGAAUCAGAUCAAGAACCUACACAUAUAACUAUGAUGAUUAUACGAGUUGUCACUACGGAGGGAUACCUUUAUAAUUAUGUUUUAGAUCCAGAACGUGGAGGAGAUUGUCUUUUAUUAUCGCAAUAUCCACUUGUUGAAAAGAAGAAAGAAUAG